AUGGCCCAUUUCAGAUCCAAGAUGGGCCUGUCAUGGUUUGGCUGCGGCAGCCAGCUGCGUGCAUCCCGGCUCCUCGCGCUGAGUUCCGGACAACAUCAGGACUUCGACCCUUCGUGCGAGCAGUACUUCUACGAGGGCAUCGACUGGGGAGAUUUGAGACAAACCUUCGAGAUAUAUGCGGACAAGUACCUGGACAGGCCACAGCUCCUAGCGAAGGAGGUUGCUCUGGCGCAGCGUUAUGCUUUCUCCUAUCAUCCGGAGAACCGCUGCCAGCUCGGCGACUUGUCCCUCAGGUUUUUCCUUUGGCUCUCGGUGGACCCUGCGGACCUCGCUGAUAUCGCCAGGGCCAAGGGCCGGCGUGGGGACAUUCUGAGCGAAGUGAUGCAGGAGACCCUGGACUGGUUCUGGGACUUGAACGUCUCCUGGGCCGCUGGAGCCCCGGAGGUGCAUGAGUCUGGUUGGCCACUCUUCAGCUUCGGUAUGAUAUUUUUCGCUGCUGAACACUGUGAGAACCAUUCGCCCAGCCGAGAGAAGAGUCCUCUUUAUGGUGACAUCUAUUGCUGGCGUGCUCCUGGUUUGCGCGGAUUGGCUUGCUGGGAUUUGAAACUUCGCCUGGUUAUUGAGGUGUCGGAGAAGCUGCGCGAUGACGGUCAGGAGAUCUGCACCACGGAGGGGCAGCUUGCCCCGUUCAUUGACUCUUUCGACAAUGCCAUCAUGGUCGGAGGCUCUGUCUCUGCAGAGCGCUGUGCAGCGCUACUCCUGGAGGCACCGCAUUGCCCCGAUGCGGUGGCCUCAGCCCUUCUUGCGCUGGCGGAUGUCAUGAGGACCACUGCCUGGCAGCAGAAGAACAGGUACUACCAGUUCACCUCAGAAAUGCCUAGAAGUCAGCCACCGGAGCGGGAUGCCGAACGGCUCUUGCAGCGGGCAGAGGCAACGGUGCGGUCCCAAUCUGCGCGCUGGUCUUGGCUGACCACGCGGUGGCCCGUAUGGCGUCUGCUGGACCGCCUGGGUGCAGCAGAGGCUGUCAACGUCAGCUCUGGCGGCAGUUGGUUUUGGAUGUACGUCUUUCCUCACAGGCCUGGUCUGUAG